UCUUCUCUUCUGUUAAUUAGCAGUUAGUCAGCACAGCACACCACAACUCACCAACCAGGCCUCAUCAUCACUUGCCCCCACAUCAUACAUCCUCCACACUGCAUAUAUAUAUCUAUAUACUUCUCUUCCUGUAAACAAUCUUGCUUUCUGCCUGUGUGUGUGUGUGAGAGAAAAUAUAUAUAUGUAUGUAUAUAUACACAAUACCCCAUAUCUUGUUCUUCACACAUAGCUUUUUCAGCUAGCUUCAGUCAACUGAUCAUCUCUGUGUAUUCCCUGAUCAUUAUUUGUGUUUAAGUUCUUGUGCAGGUGUGGUGGAAUAGUGAUAUAUAUAUAUAUAUAUAUAUAGAUAUGGAGAAUGAUGGUGCAGAGUGUGGUCCUGAAGAGAGCAGCUGGACUUUUUACAUUGAGGGUUUCAUGUGUGAGAACAAUGGUGGUUGUUUGUCUUCUGAAUUGGAGGAGAGCCCUUCUCUUGUGUCUGAUGCAGCUUCUUCUGCAGUCAAGAUUAAUUAUAAGAACAAUCACUUGAUCACUACUGCUGCCAAUGAUUGCUGUAAUUAUAAUCAGGUAGGGUUUUCAGCCGCCAAGAAAUUAGAUGAUCAUCAUCACUUCACUGCUUAUAAUAAUAAGAAGCAUAAGAACAAAGUCAUACCUCCAGUGGACUAUGAUUUGGAGGACACUGCAAGUUCUCCUGUAAACAGUCCAAAGGUUUCAUACAUGACUAAUCAGUUCAUGAGACAGAAACAGAAGACUAACAAGGAGUAUCCUGCAGAUCAUCAUCAUCAUCAUCUUAAUCAGGUGAAGAAGAAGCUAAUAAGAAUAAUUUCUAAGCAAAAAAUUAUUAAUUCCGAGGUUGUAAUAAUUAAUGUUGAUCAGGUGAAGAGGAAUAUUUUUGGCAAGGAAGGAGGGCUAUAUGGUGGUGAAAGGAAUUCCUAAUCACUACAAUUACACUACACAGACAUGAAGAAAUUAAAAGGGCCAGCUCAUGUGCUUAUGAAUUAGGGCUGCUCAACAUCACUUUCUUGAGUCUUCUCAUUCCAUAAUCAUGCUUAUCUAUGUAUCUAAUUUACCUGCUCUUCUGGUAAAACUCCAUGCUCAUCAUAUUCUUACACCAUCACAAAGAAAGUAAAAAAAAUAAAAAUAAACUUUCUUGAUGUCAGUCAGCAUUGUUCAUUCUUGCAGAUAUCUGCAAUGACAGACAGAAAUGUAAUAAGUAUGUUAAGUUUCCUCAAUUCAAUGUGUGUGUUAAUGAAUAAAAAGGGGAACUAAGUAGACUA